GGCGUAUUCUCCCUUGGCAGCCUUUAUUGACAUUAAUCCGACUCCAUUUUCCCCGAUCUGUCACUACCAGUCUACCACUACUAGUAGUAGCUCACACACAAUCAAGCAAUCAAAAAACAAAAUGGAUCAAAUAGAGCACAAAUGGGUUGAGGUCAACGGGCUAAAGAUCCACGUAGCCGAGAUCGGUAGCGGGCCGGGUCCGGCGGUGCUGUUUCUGCACGGCUUCCCCGAGAUCUGGUACUCGUGGCGGCACCAGAUGGUCGCGGUGGCCGGAGCUGGUCAGAGAGCCAUUUCCAUCGAUUACAGAGGCUAUGGGCUGUCGGAUCAACCGCCCGAACCGGAGAAGACCACCCUCCUUGAUUUCGUCGACGACCUUGCCGCGCUGCUCCAUCUUCUUUCCAUUCCUAAGGUUUUUGUGAUAGGUAAAGAUUUCGGGUCAAUUGUUCUGUCAUACUUUUGCCUUCUCCAUGAGGAUAGGGUAGCUGGGUGUGUUACACUUGACGCUCCAUUCAUGAUUUCGCGAGCUUCUGGAUUUACCAGUAACCUGCCUGAAGGAUUCUAUAUUUCAAGAUGGCAGGAGGAGGGGAGAGCGGAAGCGGACUUUGGUCGUUUUGAUGCCAAGACGGUGGUGAAGAAUGUCUACAUCCUUUUCUCCCAAAGUGAGAUUCCGAUUGCGAGUGAGAACCAAGAGAUCAUGGACCUUGUCGACCCGUCCACCCCUCUACCACCAUGGUUCACCGAACAAGACCUUGUAACCUACGGAGACCUCUAUCAAAACUCUGGUUUUCGAACCGCAUUGAAGGCUCCAUACAGGUCACUAGGUGACAAACAGCCCGACCUGCCAGCGGACCCACGGAUCAAAGUGCCGGCAUUGUUCAUUGCAGGGGAGAAGGAUUACGUCAUGAAGUUCCCGGGAAUGGAAGAGUACAUAAGAGGUGGGAUGUUGAAGGCUUUUGUGCCCAAUGUGGAGAUUGUCUAUGUUCCUCAAGGAACUCAUUUUCUUCAAGAGCAGUUUCCUCAAGAGAUUAAUCAGCUCAUCCUCAACUUUCUCCAUAAUCACAAUGCCAGCUAAGUACUCACUGGUUUCCAUAUAUACCACUGUAUAAUCAUAUAUAUGACCAGUCAUAUUAGGGGUUUGGCCAUGGGUGCAUGCCUUAAUCCUCUAAAGUGAAAUUAAAUAAUGACUGUUGUCUAUGGUUUAGCUCUGCUUACGCAAUUAUUACAUCUGUAAUGCUUAUGUUUAA